AUGGCUGGUGCCAAUACGUUUUUCAGGAGCCAGCAAGGACCUUCAUCUCCCUCGCCUGCAGAUAAGCCUCUUCCUCCACCUUCAGCGAGGAAGCAGACGAAGUCCAACAUCAUUGUGUGGCCGGGUCAAUUCGAGCAAAAGCUCCUCGAGUCAGUUGACAAGAUCAUAGACCCCGAGUUGCUGGGCGCAAUUGGAGAGGACAAGAAUGUCCUUGUCAAACGAAUCGCCGACUCAACUUGGCACAUAAGGUUUUCGGCGGCAAUUCUUACAGGGCAUUUGUCUCCGGCCCAGAUUGCACAUGCCUCAACGGAGGCAGGACUCGACAAUCUUGUCAGCGAGUUGUCGCAGCUUGACGACAACACUUUCCACGAGAAACUCGGACUAAGAAAGCGCUUGGCUAAAGAACCUGACGUAUGA